UCCUCGACCCGUCAUGCGAAUGCGAAUGCCGCUUCUUUAACGAUCUAUCCUUGACAUACACGCAUUGCUAUUUCUUCUGAAUUUCAUAUAGCGAGCAUAUCACGUCGAAAAGAGGGAGAGAGAGAAAAGAAAGGAGAGCCCAGAUAUCAACCAUGGCCGCCACAACAACACCAUCAACAUCAUCACCAUCACAAUCCUCAUCCUCCACGACUCCCUACCCCUUCGCCGCAGCCCCCGACAUCGUCCGCUCCCACCAAAAGGACGCCUACUUCACCGGCCAGCUCGCAAACUCCUUCUCCGAACUCCACCGCCGCCUCUUCGGCGCCCGCUCCGCCCACUCGCUAGCCCCCGAGCUUCGCACCGCCGCCUCGCUGCUCUACUUCUGCCUCACCACCCUCCCCGGCAACCGCACCCUGGGCGAGGAAUACUGCGAUCUCGUCCAGGUCGACGCGAGCGCAGGCCUCUCAUUGCCCGCUCUCCCCUCCCGCGCCGCCUACAUCGUCGGCACAAUCCUGCUCCCUUACCUGGCGAGCCGCGUACUGCCCGGCCUCCGCGCUCGUCUACGCCGCUUCCUCGACCGUCGCCUCGCCACCCUCCGCCAGCAGGGCAAGACAAAGACGCGCCAGGCUCGCGUCCUUGACUACCUCUCCACGCAUCUAUCCUCCGUCACGUCCGCCGCGCCGCUGCAGGCCGUCGUCCUCGCCCUCUUCUACUUCAACGGCACCUACUAUGAGCUCUCCAAGCGCCUCCUCUCUCUGCGCUACGUCUUCACCCGCACCGUGCCCGACACCCCCGACCGCGGCGGCUACGAGCUCCUCGGAGUCCUGCUAGCCAUUCAGAUGGGCGUCCAGGCCUUCCUCCACGUCCGCGACACAUUCUCCUCCGUCGCCUCGUCCCAGCGCGAGAGGGCCGCUUUCCACUCGGGGGAACUUGAUGUCUCCCUCAGCCACAACAAUACCUAUACCGCAUCCAACAACGAACUUUUGCUCAGUGGGAGCACCGGUGCCCAGGCGAGCAAGGUGGACAUCGCCACGACAACACACACCCCCAUGAGCGGCAUUCCGAGGUUCCAUCUCGAAAACGAAUCCACCAUGGGAUACAUCAAGGGAAGCCAGCAGCGCAAGUGUACACUGUGUCUCGAGGAGAUGAAGGAUCCCGCCGCCACCCAGUGCGGGCAUGUCUUCUGCUGGGAGUGCAUCGGCGACUGGGUCAGAGAAAAGCCUGAGUGUCCCCUGUGUAGAAGAGAGGCCAUGGUACAGCACAUUCUUCCCUUACGCGUCAUGUAACGAAGUUCUUUUUUGAAGCAAAAUCAGAUGUUCUUGGAUAGCUAGGUUGUAAUACUCCAUACAAGUAGUAGUAAUACGUUUGCAGGAAAUGAAAACAAGAUGUAGAAGAAGAAGAAGAAGAAGAAGAAGAAGAAGAAGAAGAGAAAGGAUAAACACCAAAAAGAUAUGAAAAUAGAGCAGAUGCCUUGCUAGGCUUGUCAGCCAAUGAUCCACCUCGUAUGCCAUCAUACAUAAUGAAAAUGAAAAAAGACAAAAUAAAUAGAACAAAGAGAAUUGAAGCUUUCCCAUCACACAUUCCUCCUUCAUGGUAUCAUUCAUCUCCGUCAUUACUGCUCCCAAUGUCCAUCUUUCCGUCUCAUACCGUAGUUAUAAUGCCACAAGAUUAGUUGACAAUUCCCACUCCAUGGCCAAAGCAGCGCCGUCUUGCAAACCCCAGAUGUUUGCUCCGUGACGGCGCACCUUGGCCACAUGAUCUCGGGAAACGUCGAUGUCGAUGUUGAUGUUGUUACAGGGGGGGAAGACCAAGUUUGCCCGUCUAUCCAUGACCCUUUAAAAUAGUAUGACAGAUAGAAGACAUAGUGGUACAGUUCCGUUCCGGCCAAGCAUAUAAAAACGCUGUCAAAGCAAGCAAGAUGAUCCAGCAAAACUCCUGUAUCCAAGUAACACUGAGCAGGACCCGCCCUUUGGACGAACUCCGUCGAGUUUUUUCCUUUUCCUCAUUUUUUUUGGGUUAUGCUUUUACUUUUUUCGAUAGAUUUCUUCUUUCUUGUUUAUUCACAAAAGAGAACAAUUUCGCCUCGGUCGUUGCGUCGAAGUCGCAGUGAGCGCCACAGUUCCUUUUCUUCCUUGCCCUUGGGGGUGCU